AUGUCGCCCUCGGUGGAUGCCCCUCAGCAAUUCAAGCAGCCUUCUCGUAAAGGCAAGAAGGCCUGGCGCAAGAAUGUCGAUGUUACUGAGGUUCAGGAGGGCCUGCGUCAAUUGAAAGAUGCCGAAAUCAAAGGUGGUCUUGUGUCCGAGAAGCCGUCUGACGAGCUGUUCACAAUCGAUACUAUCGGAUCAGAAGAUGUUCGGAAAGCGAUCGCAAAAAAGCAUAAGCCUCUCAGGGCCGACGAGAUCAUCGCUCAGCGGUCGGCCAUCCCCGCAUUGGAUGGACGCAAGCGUGGAAACCCAAAUGUCACCGACGGAAUCAUCGAACCCAAGAAUAAGAAGCACAAAAGUGAUUGGGUAAGCCGCAAGGAAUACCUGCGCUUGAAGCAAGUUGUGAAGGAUGCAAACCCACUCGGCAAGAAGGGCGACAGCCAGAUUUACGACCCCUGGGCGGAUGAUGUGGAUGAGGCUCCUACAUAUGAUGACCCUCGAUUUGAUUUCUUGGAGAAACCAAAAGCCAAGGUCGCACCAGAGACUCUGAAACAUGCGCCAGUAUCACUUGCUAAGAGCGGUAAGGCCAUCCCCUCUGUUAGCAAGCCCCACGCCGGAACCAGCUACAACCCAGUCUUUGAGGAAUGGGAUCACCUUCUUGUGGAGCACGGAGAGAAGGCAGUCGAGGAGGAAAAGAAGCGCCUGGAAGAGGAAAAGAAAGAGGAGGAGAGACAAAGGUUAAUUGCUGAAGCCCAGAAUGAUGACGGCGAAGUCAAGUCCGAUGACGAGAGCGCAUGGGAGGGCUUUGAGAGCGAAUAUGAGAAGCCCGACUGGCUUAACAAGAAGCGUCCAGAGCGAAAGACCAAAACGCAGCGCAACAAGAUCAAGCGGAGGAAGGAAGCUGAGAGACUGGCGAAAUGGGAGGCUCAGAAAUCCAAGAAAGACGAACAACUCGCCCGAGUGCAAGAGCUUGCCGAGCUUGCCGAGCUUCGAAAGAUCCAGCCUCAAAAUGAUUCCGAUGCUGAUGAAUCGGAGGAGGAGGAGAUGAUCCCGUCCUGCGCCGCAAGACGUUCGGUGGAAAGAAUGCGUACGUAUUGGAUUUGCUCACAAUUUCCUGUAAUAGUGUUAACUGAGGCCUACAGUGUCCCCGAGAAACGUUUGGAGCUGGUCCUUCCUGACGAGCUGCAGGACUCUCUUCGUCUCUUGAAGCCCGAAGGUAACCUUCUAGAUGACCGAUUCCGAACCCUCAUUGUUCAGGGCAAGUUGGAGUCUCGAAAGCCAGUGACUCAGGCUCGUAAGGCGAAGAGAAAGGUGACCGAGAAGUGGAUGUCCAAGGACUUCAAGAUUCCUGGGCUCGAUUAUUAA